CAUUACACGGAAAUGUAUGCAUGUAAAUGUAUCUUUAUGAGCAUUUAUAAUGUGGUAUUAUACAUUGUAUUUCCCGAAGGGGGAAACAUACUGUCACCGCUUGGCAUACUGUAGUACUAUUUUUGUCCAGAAUACUCCUCACCAACCCUUGGCUGAAACUCGGUGAACCUUCACAGGAAGCUUCACUCUCAAAGUGGAUGCGCAAAUUGCCUUCAGGUUCCGGUCGAAUGAUUUUCACUGAGUUAUUGCCCCUUGAUUAUUCAACAUUAGUAAACAGUAUUACCAUUUAUUGUCCGAAGUGUCCUUCAAUAACCACAAGAUACAUUUCAUCGAAACUUUAUAAGGUACUUUACUCUCAAGUGGAGAUGUUCAUAUUAUUUUCAUGUUACGGUUGGAUAAUGUUUCAAUGAGUUAUUGCUUUUGGUUAUUCAGCAUUAGCAAAUUAUAGUGCCAUCCUUGUCUUGAGUUUUCUCAUCAUCCCUUGGCUGAUAUUCAGCAAAACUUCAUAGGAAGCUUGAUUUCCAAGGGAAGGGGGGAGUGUGUACAUAUCUUGUGCACGUUUCUUUGCAACUUCUUGCUAGAGUUCUAAGAUUUCUUUGGUAUGUACCCGGUAGAUGAAUUCCACAUUUCUUCUUUUAAUAUGCAAUAAUCCUAUUUUGGGGAGCACACGUCGCUUUUACCGAAUGUAAAAAAAUGUUGUUAGUACUAAACUUCCUUGGUAUUCUCCUAAAGUCCAAUGGUGGCACUUGGCCUCUUGUAGGUGUAGUCUAAGCAGAAAAACAUUCAAGUAACUUCGUAUGAAACACUUGACAGAUCCUCAUCACAUUUUGUCUGUCGCAGCAUUAUAAGUUCCUUUAGAGGCUACUAGCACUAAACUAGAAAUACCUUUAAAUGAUAUUUUCUUACAAACUGCCCAAUAGACAUACAUCAAACUUACUCUGUAGUAUCACCGUAAUGUUCCCUUCAUUUUAUUUACAUGGAGGCACUAAGACCCCUUAUAUAAAUUAGAAAUAAAUUUAAACAACUUCUUUUCAUGAAGCACUUGAAGGGUCUUCAUCAAACACCAUCUUUAAAUUUCUUAUCAUGUCCUCUCCUAUAUUUCUUGAAAAUGGGGACACCUGUCACUUUAAGAAAAACACUAGAGCUAAAAAUAGAAAUUUCUUUAAACGUUUUUUCCCCUUUAACUUUUUGAUUGAUCUUCAUUAGUUUCUCUCAAAUUUGUUCACAUGGCAAAUGGGUUACUUGACCAUUUUUACUUUUUAUACUAAACACACUUGUUACCAUUGAUGAUUAAGUGUGUCAUACAUAUCUCCAAGGUCACUAUGGCCUGAAUUUGUUUCUUGUUCAAGCAAAUUACUUUGAUUAUGCAAUCUUUAGUUUUAGACUUCUUUAUCAAACAAACCUCUGAUAAGCGGGAAUGAACUUGAUUUCAUAUAAUACUUGUUGAUAACACAGAGUUUGAAGUUGUAUUAAACUGUACAUUUUAUCUGUUUUGGUAACAUAAAGACAAAAUGACUACAAAAGUAAUUUUUAUUGCCGUAUAUAUGUGUCUUAUUCAGAGGAUAACAAGUGUUGGAGGCACAAGAACAACUGUUGGUCGAAAUGAUUGUGGGCAACCACACGAUCCAACUAAUGGUCGCGUGUAUUUGAAUGGCAAUGUAACAACAUACAAUUCCACAGCAACCUAUACAUGUAAUGAUGGAUACACACGGGUUGGUGAACCAAUAUCAAGAUGUGAUUCUUCCGGUAGCUGGAGCAAUCCUCCAGUUUGUAAAAUAAAAGAUUGUGGGAACCUGACUGAUCCGUCUAAUGGAAAGGUCGACUUGCCGAAUGGCACAACAUUCUUGUCUGUGGGAAAGUUUAGAUGUAACGUUGGUCACACAUUACACGGAGAUAAAACUGCGGUUUGUACAAUUAAAGGCAAAUGGAGUGAUCAUUAUGUUACCUGCACAGCUAAUGACUGCCAUCGACCAAAUCCUUCUGGCAAUGGUAGCGUCGACACAACAAAUGGAACGACAUAUGAAUCUGUAGUAGCAUUUGCAUGCAAUACUGGAUUUCAUAUGGAAGGAGCAAGCAAAUCCAUAUGUCAAGCUAAUGGUUCAUGGAGCGCCCCAUCACCCAUUUGUGUUGUUAAAGAUGUUAGAGACUGUGGUCGUUUACCAAAUCCAGCAAAUGGAGCGAUCAAGUAUGCUAGAAAUAUGACAUCUGUUUGGUCCAGUGCUACAUACUCUUGUCAACCUGGAUUUAGAAUGAUUGGUCCAGAAGUUAUACAUUGUGAUGCACAAGGAAAUUGGAGCAGCUACACAACAUAUUGUCAAAUUAAAGAUUGUGGAAACCUUGCAGAUCCGUUGUAUGGAAAAACUGACAUGUCAAAUGGCACGACAUACUUGUCAGUGGUCAAGUAUAGUUGUAACAUCGGAUACACAUUAAAUGGAGAUAACGCUACGACAUGUACAGCCACAGGAAAAUGGAGCGAUCAUUACGUGAACUGCACAAUAAAUGAUUGUCUUUCUCCUGUCAAUCCGGGCAAUGGUAGCGUUGACACAACAAAAGGAACAACUUUUGGAUCAAUAGUAAUAUUUUCGUGCAAUAUUGGAUUCGAUUUGGAAGGUGAAAGCAGUGCCAGUUGUCUGGCAAAUAGUUCAUGGAAUGUUUCGUCACCUAACUGUAAAAUUAAAGACUGUGGUGCUUUACCAGAUCCAGAACAUGGAUAUAUUAUGUAUUCCAGAAAUUUGACAUCUUUCGGGUCCCAUGCUACAUACACCUGCCAACCUGGCUUUAAAUCAAUUGGUUCAGAAGUUAUUCUGUGUGACGCAUCAGGACACUGGAGCAGUAAUGAAACACAUUGUGAAAUAAAAAAUUGUGGGAACCUGACAGAUCCGCCUAAUGGAACAGUGGACUUGUCUAACGGCACAACAUACCAGUCGGUGGGAAAGUACAGCUGUAACAUCGGUUACACUUUACAAGGAGACAACAGUACUAUAUGUACAGAAACAGGAAAAUGGAAGACACAUGACGUGGAAUGCAAAAUAAAUGAUUGCCAUUCUCCAUGCCACCCGGGCAAUGGUAGCGUUGACACAACAACGGGAACAACUGUCGGGUCAAUUGUAACAUUUUCUUGCAACACUGGGUUUGAUUUGAAAGGUGAAAGACAUGCCAUUUGUCAGGUCAAUAGUUCUUGGAAUAUAACAUUGCCUACAUGCAGUAUAAAAGACUGUGGAAAGCCAAACCAAACAGCCAAUGGAAAGUACUGGCUAGAUGCAAGACAACUGACGGUUUUCAAUCAUACUGCAACCUACAAGUGCAAUUCCGGCUACGAAACAGCUGAUAAAACGUUAAUUACAUGUAAUUCUUCUGGAAAAUGGAGCGAUAUGCCACCGAAGUGCAAUGAUAUUGACGAAUGUGCUCGAUAUACAGCAAGGUGCCAUAGACGUGCACAAUGCACGAACACCAAUGGGUCUUACGUGUGUAAAUGUGAUGAUGGGUUUAGAGAUAUCUCUAUGAAUGGGGAAGUAGGAAUUGAAUGUCAAGAUAUCAACGAAUGUGCCAACAACAAUACAAACCUCUGUAACAGGAAAGGAUCCCAGUGUAUUAACUAUCCCGGAGCGUUUCUUUGUCUAUGUGACGACGGCUGGACUGGCAACAACUGCAGUACAGAUAUCAACGAAUGUGCCAACGACAGUACAAACCCCUGUAACAGAAAAGGAUCACAGUGUAUUAACUAUCCCGGAGGGUUUCUUUGUCUAUGUGAUGACGGCUGGACUGACAACAACUGCAGUACAGAAAAUGUCAUUAUAGACCUGGAGACUGUUGUAACUCGCUUCAGAGGAGACGAUCAACUGAUAGACGCAAAACCUAUUCAUAACAGAUUUCCAUACUUCGGAGAGGAAUACAACUCGUACAGGCCAAAUAUGAAUGGCUUUCUUACGCUGGGUUACCAGCCGCUGUAUGAAGAUUAUGGACCGGAAACACCCACGGACUGGCAGAAAUUCAGCCGCGGAUAUCCUGUGAUAGCUCCACUCUGGACAAAUAUUGACUCUACAAAUCUUACCGGAGGACUUGAUGUCCAUCUGUUUGAAUAUUAUUCCAGUUAUGGACAAAAUGACAGCCAACACAGAGAUCUUUCGCGGCUUGGAAACAUAUUUUCAAAUUAUCUAAACCUCAUUGACUUCAAACCACGAGUAGCACUUGUAGCCACUUGGCGUAACGUAACAAAGUCGUCAUACAUAGUACCUGCCAGACUGAUUAAAACUCAGAAUGCAACAAUGCAAGUGAUACUAAUUUCUGACGGUAUAUUUUCCUAUGUAAUGUUUAACUACAACCAAGAACAGUGGUCGCUCAAAAUGGACAAAAAUAUCCACAGCUCUGCUGGUUUCAGUCUACAAGACAAAACUGGAUUCAUAACGGCUACAAGGAAAAAUAUUAGUCAGCUUAACAAUGGAACAAACGUUAAUCCAGGUCUUAAAGGAAGAUGGAUUUACAAUGUUACUAAAAAUGACCUUAGUGGUAGUGCAACUUUGCGAAACGAAUCAAAAUGCCUUGCAUUCAGACAAAACGACACAAUCAGGAAUUGGAUAACGGCAAAACUGGCUUUAUCGUAUCCAUGUCCCUGUAGUGAGCAAUAGAUGAAGCUUGAUUAUAGCUAUCGCACGGUGAACCCAAUGUAUAAAGACUCACAAUCGCGGACGACUUCUUGUUAUGAGGCCUGGUUCUUUAACAAUGAUGGUGUGAAACAGACGUGCUGUUAUAGUUAUAAUGGUGCCUUGAAAAAAGAUGGUACUGGUGGUGGCUUUGCAAUGUUUGAGAAGGAUCCCUAUGACACCAUUCAAUACUUCUACGCAUGCUGCGAUGAAAAGACUGACAGACACUUGUGUCACCUUUUCUACGAAAUGAACCCGUCUGACGAUUGCUCCAGAUUCCAGCCUUCGGACGAGCCAGUUUGAAGAUACAAGCGGAGCUGGUAUACAGACACGAUAAAAGCAGGACUUGAAAAUGAAACACUUGGAAAGAAGGAUAUCUAAAGUUCAACAUCGUUGUAACUGGCAAAAGACAUUUUAAUUCAGUUAAACAUAAACAAAAACAAACGCGCGGAAGAAUAUUACAAAUUAUUUUUUAUGUCUUUGCAAACUACUUUUCAAGAUGACAUAUUAGUAUGGUUGUUUGUUUCUAUAGGGAAAGUUUCCGUAUCUGUAUAAAUAGAUUACCAAGACCGACUUUAUUUCAGUUAAAAUUAGUCAUUUCAUUUUAUUUUCAUAGAUAUUGUCUAGACUUUCAAUUACUGCGUUUUGUGUCGUGUUUUCUUUGUGUAUGUCUUUAUUAACUUUAGUAUGUAUUUAAAAUUGUUUCAGCACGCUGAGCUGAAGAAUUUAUCUUAAAGGCGUGAACCUUCUUUGUAAUUUGCCUAUUUACAUGUACUUUCCUAACUCAGCUAUAUUUUGAUUAAACAGGCACAUUUAUGUACAGUAGAUAUUAUUUUUACUUGUAUAUUAACAGCA